AUGACCUUCGUGGAGCUCCUGGCCCGCCUGGGGGGGAUGGGUCGUUUCCAGGUGACCUACGUGGCCGCCUUGGCCCUCCCCCUGCUGAUGUUGGCCAGCCACAACCUCCUCCAGAACUUCACCGCCGGCGUCCCCGACCACCACUGCCGCCCCGGCCCCGCCUUGGCCAACGCCACCUCGGGGGAGGUCCCCGGGUCAACCGACCGCGGGGUGGCCACCGAACCUUGUCGCGACGGUUGGGUCUACCACCACGACGUCUUCACCCACACCAUCAUCACCGAGUGGGACCUGGUGUGCGAGUCCAAGCGGUUGAGGCAGGUGGCCCAGUCCAUCUACAUGGCCGGGAUCCUCGUGGGCUCGGGGCUCAUCGGGGUCCUCUCCGACAAGUGG